GUUGCUUUUGACCGUACGUCAAAUAUCCACAUUGUACUUUCAGACUUGUAAAAUGUAUUUCUGCCACACUGAUUUCGUUCUAUCCUAAACUUAAGAAGCCAUGUUUCCUGUUGCACGAAUCUUAGGCUCGGCAUCGUGCAACAGGCUAUUUCAACCUCAGGUGCUAUGUCAAGAAAGAGUUUGUUGGCCUUCCAAUGAGUUGCACAGAAAUUUACCAAGGCAUAGAAACUUUUACCACGGUAGAAACAUUUUCCACCCAAGGUCGAAUAAUAAUUUAAACGAAUUUCCUGCUAAACGUCAAUUCACUGACAAAUUUUCCGAGAAGGGCAGAGGCGAGGAACUUAACUAUGUUCUCAAACUUGCCUCAGAGCAAUUUAUGAAGAUAAAAAAGAACAGGGUUAAAGAAAUCGCCAAUGAUAUCGUCAAAUUGAAAGAGGAGAUCAAGAUUUUGGAAUCCAAAACUAGCCACAAAUCAAGGAAACACAAGGAGAAUCUGCUAAAGGAAUUGAAAGCUCUGAAGGAUUUGUUGGAGCAAUUCAAAAAGAGUCUCGAAAAAUGACCUAUCAAACGGAUACAAUGCUGAAGUUGGUCGAAAAGCUUUUCCAACUGUUGCGACCCAGGAUGUGUCAGUUUUCACAAUCCAACAAGAACAUAUCCAAGCAUUUGUUCGAAAAAGCCAGGGCGGAGGAGAACAUACAUUUCCUUAAACUGCAACGGGAACAGCUGAAGUCGUUGCGAGAAAAGAUUCUCAGCCAGAAGAACGAAGUCACAACAAAGAUCAUCAAGGUGGAUAAGCAGAUACAAUCGUUGGAAAAAACCAAGACCGAAGGCUCACAGAUGAACCAUGAACAAAAUUAAUAAAGUGUAGCUGAAACAUUUG